AUGGAUUUGGAGAGUGAAAGCUCUGCGCUUGAGUCUGUUGAUGAUAAUGGUUUGAGCCAACAAGGUGCCAUCAACGUUGCCGAUGAUGAUGAUGGUCGGAGUUUGGAUAACGGUUCGUUCUCAGAUGAAAGUGUGAAACUUGUUUCGACUUCUUCACCGAGAAGAAGUACUGAGAACGAAACAAAUGUUGAAAUCGGUAAACCGAUGAAUUUUGAUUCCUACUCUCCGGUUUCAAAGGGGCGUGGUUUAAGAAAAUGGAGGCGGAUAAGGAGAGACCUUGUUAAAGACACGCCUGCGAACAUGGAGAAUAGUAAAGUUCUGAAGAGAGGGUUGUCUGGUUCUGCUCACUCACUCGGUAAACAAAUGGCGUUUCAGUCGCCGGAAGUCGAACAAGAGAGUCAGGGAUCUGUUGGGUCUGUGAACAUGAUGAGAAAUUCCGGUGAUGGGUUUGAGAUAUUUGGGAGUGGUUACGAUUCUAGGUUUGUGGCUGGGGUUGGUUUUUCAGCUGGUGUGGAUUUAGGAGAGGAUGAUGAUGAUCGGAGUAGCAAGUCCUCGACGGCUGCAAGAGCCACUAAGGCUAUUAGGUAUGAGAAGGCAGUGAUUAGAGGGAAAAGUCCGGGAGAGAUUAUUAAGAAGCAUAGAGGAGAAAGUGUUGAGAAAGAAGACUCUCAUUCCAGCUUGGAAUCUGACUCAAGAAAGCAGAGUGGGAGACUGAUGGACUACAAUGGAGAAAACGGCGAUGAAGUUGGAGAAACUUCGAAUAGAAAAGAUGAAGAGACGACAAACAAGAACGAUCUUUCUUCAGAGGAAUUAGCAGAGGCCAUGAAUGGUUUCCUCAACUUGCAAGAAGUUCUUGAGAAAGAGGUUCAGCGAUUUCAGGAGAUUGGGAAGGAACCAGUGCCACAACCUCAUGAAGGAGCUAAAGAAGUAAUCUCGCCUCGUUCGGAGAUUGUAGCUCUUGUGAACAAUGUUGAACAACUGGAGAUCAAGCUAGAGGAAACAAUGUCCAUGCUUGAGGUGAAAGAAUCACACAUCCGUGAGCUUGAAUCCACCACGAACCAAGACAAACAUUCAUGGGGAGGAAGAGGAACAGAGGCUGUGGUGGAAGAUAUCUUCCGGGAAAGAGUAGAGGCCGAGAUUGAAUAUCUGAUAUAUUCAAGAUCAAUUGAUAGUUUGAACAGUCAGAUGAAGCUGGUUGAAGAGCAAGAGUCGUUAGCAGAAGAGCAAGCUCAUGAGACGCUGAACAAGCUCGAAGAAGUAGAAACGAAGGCUGCAAAUCUAACGAACAGAGCUCAAGACAUGCAAAACGAGUGCGUAGAAGCCACUGGCACCAUCAAGAAGAGAGCGUGUAAGAUGACUUCAUGCUUCCUUAUACAGUUAGUAUUGUUGCUAACAGCAGUUUCGUUGUUCAUGUCUCAAUUGUUGCCGGAGUCGGAGGAUGUUGUUGUACCCACAUGA